AGCAGUUCUAGUCAGUGCUGGUGGCAACGCUGAAACAGUGCUAGCAAAUGCGCACGGGUCAAAUAAAAUGUGGCCUAAAAAUGGCAAAACGCGUCGGACUGGCCAAAGCAGAAUGCCAACAAUAAUAAAGCAGCGGCAACAACAAAACAGUCGACGCAACACACGGGUUUUUUCCGCAACAAACAAAUCAAAUAAAUGUUAAAAGAAUCAACUAAAAUUGUGUUAAAUUCGUGCAAAAAAUAUAUUGUUGUUACUGCAAUUAAAUCAAAGUUAAAGAAACGACGUAAAUUCCUUGGCAUACGCAGCAAGCACGUGUGUUGGCGGGGGGAGGUGAGGCGCGCUAUUUUGGAUGCUACGCAAUAAGGCAACGAUACGCAAUUUCAGCUGCUGCUGCUGCGGCCGCUGCUGCUACGCACCUGCCAAAACCGAAGCGCUGCUGCGGCCGCUGUCGCUGCUGCUGACGUGUGCAAACGAGUGCGAAGCGACGACAGGAUAUUUAACGGCAAAAACAAAAACAACAACAACAACAACAAGAGCAGAAACAAACUGCACGACAAAAUUAACGAAGUGUCAGUGCAAUUGAACGACACGACGCACGCAUACACACACAUACAGCAAUAAAAAGCUAACGAAAAGACAAAUUGCUGUAAAAAAAAAUGCAGCGCCACGGAGAGCGCAGCAGAUUGCAUAAAAAUCCUGCUCAAGAAUAAGUGCACACACACACAUACUAAUAGAGAGCCGCACAUAGAAGCGCGACAAAGUAAAACAAGAAAAAAAAUAAGUCAGAAAAAAGGGCAAACACAGUGCGCACAAACAAGGUGGAAAGUAAAAAAGUUGUUUGUCAACUUGUUGGCGUCCAUUGCACACACACAUACAUACACACAUACAAACAAACAUUCCCCGCCAAACACCCGCGCAGCGCCCCUCAAAUGUUGCAGCAACAAAGUGUCUGGCUGUACUGCUACUGCUACCAAGUGGAAAUGCAAGUCCAGUGUGCAUGCAACAGCGCCUGCGGCCAGUGCUAAGCAACAGCAGCAGCGCAGCAACAAGAAGAAGCAGCAGCAGCAGCAGCAGCAGCAGCAGUAGAAACCAGCAGCAGCAGCAGCAGCAGAGAAGUGUGCAAAUCCUUUGCAGCCAUGUCAACGGUCACUCGCAGCGCCAGCGCCAGCCCCUGCAUGGCCCUCAAUGGCAUCAUCGACGCGAGCCUCUUUCCCCUCAAGUCCACAUCGGAUGUGGUCAAUCUCUUUCGGCGCGCCCUCACCAGCUCCAUUGAGCCGGACCUGACGCUUCUCUCAAUUGUCGUCGGCUACAUUGAGCUGUCGCUGACCACGGGCGAGGCGGCCCAAGCGGCGCAGGCAGCCCAAGCGGCUCUAGGUGGCGGCAGUGACGUCAUCAUGGGCAACAGCGUGCCCUUUCCGGUGGUGACGCACGAGCUGAUUGCCGGGCUGUAUAAGAAAUUCCAGACGAUAUUGUCGGUGGUGGACAAGCCGAAGCCGCAUCGCCAGGCGACGCGCGAGAUCAUCAAGAAGGUGUCGGACGUGAUAUGGAACUCGCUGAUAAGGAGCAGCUACAAGGAUCGGGCGCAUCUGCAGAACCUCUACAGCUAUUUGUCGGGCAACAAGCUGGACUGCUUUGGCGUUGCGCUGGCCACCACCGCCGGCUGUCAGCUGCUGGGCUAUCGCGAUGUCCGGCUGGCCAUUUCCGAGGAUCACGCCUGGGUGGUGUUCGGCCAGAAGCAUGUGGAGAGCAUUGAGGUCACCUGGCACGGCAAGGGCAGCGAGGAUAAGCGCGGCCAGGACAUUGGCGCCGGCAUCGAGUCCGGCUCGUGGCUCUAUCUGGGCGGCCUGGCCGUUGUCUGCGAGCGCGGCAUGGAGGUGGCCGCCAUCUGUGUGGCCCUCAACAUCUCCCUGAGCGCGAACAGCGAUUGCGUCGAGGUCGCGGAGCUGCAGCAGCAGCUGCUCUGGCUGCUCUACGAUCUGGGCCAUCUGAAGCGCUAUCCCAUGGCGCUGGGCCUGCUCGGCGAGCUGGAGGAGAUCCAUCGCACGCAUCGCAGCAUCAGCAGCGAGCAGCUGUUCCGCGAGGCCAUCGAAUCGUCGCGCAACCAUUACCACAACCAUCAUGUCUAUCCGCACAUCUUUCAGGGCAACUACUACAAUCGGCUGCUCAAGUAUCGCGAGGCGUUCGCCGCCUGGGCCAAUGCCGCGGAUGUGAUCAGGCUGUACACGUAUCAGUGCCGCGACGACGAGGAGAUCUACAAGGAGCUGCUGGACAUUGCCAACGAGCUGAUACCCUAUGUCAUGAAAACGGAAAGCUCCGGCCACUCGGCGCGCAGCAUUCUGCGCGACGCUGAAGUUUUUGCCAAUCUGUUGCGCUUCUACGACGGCAUCUGCCAGUGGGAGGAGGACAGCCUGACGCCCAUUCUGCACAUUGGCUGGGCCAAGCCGCUGGUCACCAACAUUACCAAGUUCGACUACGAUAUACGAUCGCAGGUGGUCAUCAAGCUGCCCGAGGAUCUGGAGGCGGAACAGGCCGCCGCUUUGGAGGCUAAAAAGGCAGCGGCAGCUGCGGAGGCGUCGCUGCAUUUGGAGGGCAACAACAACAACAACAACACGGUUGCCAAAAAGGAUGAGAAACCCAAAUCGGAGCUGCCGACAACUUUGGCGGAUUUGACGGCCGCCUGUGGCGAGAAGAUACUGAAUCCAGAUUUUUUGCUGCAGGGCGGCGGUCAGCCGUUCGCUGACCAAAAGCAACAAGCGGCCGCCGAGCAAACAACGUCCAGCGAUGUGUCGCACAACAACAACAACAGCAGCAGCAGCAAGGAGGCUGACAAGGAGGCUACAACAACAAGCAACGGCGGCGGCAGCUUGGCGCAGUCGCCGCCCACCGAGGCUAGCAGCGCCAACGCAACGCAGCAGCAGUCGCAGUCGCAGCACAAAGAAGCUAAAUUGGAGGAGAGCAGCCAGGUGGAGCUGGCGAGCAGCAAGCCAGCCGCUGUCGAUGAUUACGAUCCCUUUGAGAUAAUGCUAAAACGUCCGGUGAUCACGCUGUACAGCCAGAAAAUGAAGGGCCUCAAGGAUCUGCUCCUUGCCGAGAAGCUCAACACGCAUGCCAUCUCGCUGCAGGUGACCGCCCAGUCGGUGGCAUCGCGCAAGGUGCGCGGCGGCGCCGACAGUCGACAGCCGGCGACCAUAUCGGCUACCAUAACGGCGAUUGCCUCGACAGAGGGCGGCGGUGUUGGAGGAAGUGCGGGUGCUGGCAACGCGACGAGUGCCACGUCGUCGACAGAUUCGAUUGCACCGUCGCGGCCGAAGCGUACCAGACGCGAGUAAAAAAACACCUAUUGAAGGAACCUGUAGUAAUUUGUUGUUUGUAAUUAUUAUAUAUUUAUGUGUAUGUAUAUCGUAUAUUGUAAAGUUUGCUUCAAACUAGCAACGAGUGAAGACUCGCUGUAAUUGUUGUCGGCGAGUGUUUACCCUAACUGCGAAUUGUUUUCUCGUUGUGGCUUAAAGCAUGUAUUAUAAAAUGUGCUUUAAACCAGCAACAAGUAAAACACUCGCUACUCUUUGAGUCAGCGAGUGCUCUCCUUAACUGCGAGU